AGGAUUUCAUAACUCGUCCUCUUCCCUCAUACACAACUCCGUGCCGUGACCGCUGCCUCUCAUCUCUUCAGCACUAGUUCUUCAGUACACCAGUCGCCACUUCAUCGCUAGUUCUUCAGUAUACGAGUCACCACUUCAUCGUUAAUUCAUCAUUACCUUAAGAGUCGGGAUGUCUCCUUCAGCGGUGACCGCCGACACCCCAAUGGAUCUGUCCACCAAAACGCGGCGGAAGUUACGUCUGGAGGAGUUCCUGCGGCAAAACCUGGACCAGGCGCCCGCUACCCGUGUGAUCCAGUGGGUGAACCGCGAUCAGGGGGUGUUCAGGAUUCUGUGGACUCACCAGAGCUCUGGAGCCUUCACCCAGCAAGACGCCGCACUUUUUCGCUACUGGGCCCUUGCGAGAGGAAAACCCGCCACCCAGUCCUCAGUGGAGCUCAAGCAGAGCCUGAGGAUGGCGCUCAACAAAUCCCCUUCAGUGGAGCGCCUGACAAUCGCUAACGACGAGUACCGCUACUUCAGAUUCACAGACUGGGCAAGCCGCCGGAAGAAUUCUGGGGUGAAGAAUGUGCGGGGCCAGCAGGAGAGCACGCGGAAAAGAUCCCCGCCGCCAGGACACCCGCCGCCCCUUGUGCCCAUCACCAAGAAGGCUUCGUCCAGCCCGCCGCUCUGGUCCCCCACUGACCACCGUGCUCUCCUGGCGCGUGAGAAGCCCUUCAUGCCCUACAAUGAAGAGGUCCUGAGGAAACUAUUAGACACGUACCCGAGGCCAUCUCAGUUGGAAAGUCAACCCGGGGAACGGCAGGCAGACGCGCUAAGGGCACACGGCCACCUGGCGGAACAAAGCCUCUUGGCACACAUGUCGUCCCAACACCUCGCGCCCAAGAGCCAGCUGGUGGAGGACAGCAUGCAAGAAUUCAGCCUCGCACGGGGUCCUUACAUGGAGCAGGCUACGAUUGACUGCAGGAUAAGGGAGAAGACGCUACGAGAGCCAGUGAGCAGUGGCUACAUACUACCGGAACACAUGAAGUACCUGCCCAACCCACACUCCCCCCAGGCGUAUUCCGAGCCCCUACACGCCGUCCCGAGCUACAAGGAGUCCCUCGCCAGGCAGGACAUGGAAGGACCCCUCAGUCUGUACAGUGAAAAUCCUUUCUACUCAAAGUCCUUCCACCAUUAUGACUACAGAUCUGCAGUUCCCACCUCCACUGCCCACCUGUUCCGUGUUCCCGAGGCCCUUGACUCCAGGCUCCUGGCAACUCAUUACUAAGGCGCGGCGGUGUUGAUGGAGUGACUACACUACAAAGCCUCACAGGAGACUAUGAGGUCACCUGUGUGAAAUUUAAAGCUCAAACCAACAAAGAGAUUUAAAGCUCAACUUUUCAAGAUGUGGACCGCGUCAUACCUGCCAGUAUUUAACCACAGAAUAACCUGUGUACCUACCUAACUAAACACAACACUUAACAAGUUACUAUGCACGUGGGAAUACCAUGAGCAAGAUUCAUAUCAGCACGUGAUCAGUGUUUUUCCACCACUGAAUCUCCGUUCCCCUGCGCCAAGGCUCACAACGCUAUCUCCUGUCAACAAAUAUCUAGUUCUGGGCAGAUAUUCUUCCCGCCAGAUAAAGACAAACAGGAAUGGACGUCUUCUUCUCUCCCACGCUAUCAACACAUAAGUGACGCCGCCAAGUCUGUACACCUGCUCAUAAUACUGUUAGAUAACUUGCGAAAAGACUUCAAGAUCAUUUUAAUUAAGUGACGAUAUUCAGUCCUAUGAAUGAAUGUGAAUGCUCAUUUUAUGGAGAACUUGCGUGUGGUAUAAAGAAAAGACGUACGUACAUAAAUUAAACCUAUAUUAGGGUUAAAUUAUUAGACAGCUUAAAUAACAGCGAACCAGACUGUGAUUAUGGUGAUUGUCUGUUGAUUGACUGUCUGUGUUAUAUUGUACUGUAUUGUAUAGUAUUGUAUUGUAUUGUAUUGCCGCGUGUGUUGUUGCUUCUCGUGACAUGCCGGGGUGACGAAAUAAAAAGUAAAGCUUCGGUGAAUCUGAUUCCUUUUAUAAUGACUCCAGUGUGUAUUGCUGGAUCCGACACAACACCGCACUACCACUGCAGUGUGUUCCAAAGGUGCUCGCUUUUUUUAUAUAUAUGACCUAAAUUAUAUGCAUCUUUUUUUUUCCCAAAAUAAAACAAGAAAGCGCUA